AUCUAGUAAUUGAUUGUUAAUUGAUGUAUAUUAUUACUGUAAAUAAUUGUAAUCUUCAUCAUCAUUAUCAUCGACAAUAAUUUCUGUUUUGUUUUGAUUUUUGAUCACCACGUGUUUUUGUGUGUUUAUAUUGUUGAUCGUUUGAUUUAUUGAUUGAUUAAUCGAACAACAACUGAAUUCAACCAUUUAAGCAUCACCAACACAAAAAGAGAAGCCAAAAAAAGGCUUAGGAGAAAAUAUUUGUCAUAAAAAAAAGGAACAGAAAAAAUUUCACCACGCUGAACCUAACGGAUAAUUUUUCCACGUACCCAAUGUCGGGUACAGUGGACAUCUUGGAUCAUCAAGAUAUCAAGCCAACACAAUCGGCUUUCAUGGAUAUACAACAACAGGCGGCUGUGGCUGGCCUAUCGGCCAUGUCACAACACCAUCAUCAUCAUCCUCAUCAUCAUCAACAUCAUUCACAUCAUCAAUCGCCAUAUUCAACAUUUCGUUCAACAUAUGGUGGAUCAUCGUUAACCAAUAAUCAUCAAACACAUGAUAAUUUUGGUAUCGGUGGUGGAGGUGGUGGUGGUGGUGGUGGUGGUUUACAACAAAAUCGAACAUCAUCAUCAUUGGCCGGUGCAUAUCCAUUUGCAGCUGCAGCUGCAGCCGUAUCAAUGAAUUCACAUUCACCAUUACAUAAUAGUUUUUCACAUCCGGCCGCAUCUCAUCCAUAUCUUGGUUCACCAUAUGCAUCUGCAUCAAUACCACCACCACCACCACCAACAUCAUCAUUACAACAAUCAUCAGCAACAUCAUCAACAACGACAACAUUAACCUCUUGUAUACCAUCAUCAUGUCCACCACAUUCACCACAAUCAACACGAGAUUCAAAACUCGAUUCAUCUAAUAACAAUUCCAAGAAUAAUAAUAACAGUGGUGGUGGUGGUGUUGUUGGUGGCAUCGAUUCUGAACCAACAACCGGUACAACGAUACGUGUUAAUGGAAAAGGAAAAAAGAUGCGUAAACCACGUACAAUAUAUUCAAGUUUACAGCUACAACAAUUGAAUAGACGAUUUCAAAGGACACAAUAUUUGGCCUUACCUGAACGUGCCGAAUUGGCCGCUUCGUUAGGAUUGACACAGACACAGGUGAAAAUAUGGUUCCAAAAUCGUCGUAGUAAAUAUAAAAAAAUGCUCAAAUCAACACAACCAGGUGUUGGUGGUGUUGUACCACCAUCAACAACAACAAAUGGUUCUGCUGGUUCCGGUUCAAGUUUAGGUCAUCCACCAACGGCAACAACACCACAAACACCACCAGAAACACCAGAAACAAAUUCACCACCAAGUGUUGGCCCACCACAAUCAAUGUUAUCAUCAACGCCUGUUGGUGGUCAACAACAAUCACAACAACCCGGUAAUGGACCCGGAUCAUUAGGCUCGACAAAUUUAUCAUCAUCAUUAUCGAGUACAGUUAGUCCACCAUCGGCAAUGAGUCCACCAAUUACCUCAUGGGAUAUGAAUCCAGCUAAAACGGCAAUGGCAAAUAGUUAUAUACCACAAUAUUCAUGGUAUCAUCAUGGACAUGAUCCAUCUAUUAAUCAACAAUUAUUAACGUAAAUAAAUCUGAUGGAAUCCAAUCAAUUUUUGGAACCACCACCAUCACCAUCACCACCAUCAUCAUCAUCAUCAAAUUAAUAAUAUAUAAUUGUCAUAUCAUCAUCAUGAAAACAGACACACACACCAAUUCAUUUGUAUAGCCAGUUUGAUUCUCAUCAUCAUUUUCAUUUUCAUUUUCAUUUUUUAAAUUUUACAUUCAAUCAAUCAAUAUAU